GUACGUAUGAUGACGGAGAGAUGACGGAAAAGAUGAUGAGACAAACUAGAGGAUAACGCAUAAUAUAACGUUUUCUCUAUAAAGUUCUCUCCCCUUUGUGUUAAAAACGUAGUAUUUGUCAAAUUUAAACGCAAGUCACGCCAGUCAUUAUUUCUUGAAUAAACCACUUGUGGUAUAAAAGCUUGUUAGUUUAAGUGUAUUCGAGAACAUUGGUGUCGUUAACUGACUUGCGUACAGGUGCUCAAUUAAGCAACAAUCCAGUCAACCCGUGUACGGAAAGAACGUGUCAUGUUUCCCAGCUGGAGACGGUUUAGGGAUGUGGACCUCUUUGCAGACCGAUCUGAGGCCAUCACAGAGACUCUGUCCCAGGCCAUCAGAGCUGCAACCUCAGAGGAGCCAGAUGCAGACAGCAGUGUGUUGUUUGGCCAAAUGAAAGGCAAUGUGGUCGGCCUCAGAUACUAUACUGGAGUGGUCAAUCCUGGCGAAAUGGUUGGUUUGGUGCGAGAGCCCCAUAAUCAAUAUGAUCGCAACGCAGUGAUGGUUACCAAUAUAUAUGGCAACCAGGUGGGACACAUCAAGAAGGAGCUGGCAGCAGCCAUGGCCUACAUCAUGGACAACAACAUGGCUAAAGUGGAGGGGGUUGUGUUCUUUGCCACAAAAAAUAAGUUCACUAUGCCCGUGACGCUGUCAUUCUGGGGAAGAGAAGAGAACAGAGAAGCUGUGACGCAACACUUGGCAAACCAUGGUUUCAAGCUGAACACGCGUGAAAAUAUACCAAUAAGUACAAAAUCAAUCCAUUAUAACAGUCCAGGCGCUUUUAUGCAGGCAUCGAAAAAAGGUGCGACCAUCUCACUGACCCCACAAGAGAUGAAGAAUGCUUUUGAUAAUUUGUUUGAGGGGCUGAUGGAAAGUAAAGACGGGGAGCAAGAGGCAGCGAAGUCUGUGAGCACUCCUCUUCUGCUGCACCAGAAGCAGGCGCUGUCCUGGAUGUGUGCUCGUGAAAACAAAUCUGGGCUGCCGCCCUUCUGGGAGAAGAGAGGAGAGCUGUACUACAACACCGUGACGUGUUUCUCUGCCAAAGAAAUACCAGCGAGGGUUCGUGGAGGAAUCCUGGCAGAUGAUAUGGGGCUGGGAAAAACCCUGACGACCAUUGCUCUGAUUCUCACCAACUUCCACAAUGGAAACCCUCUGCCCGUGGAGAAACGUACGGAGGGCUUUUCACCUGUUAAAGCUCAGACCAAAUUGGAAGGCACAUACAGUAGCAGUGGUGUGGAGGUAGGAGGUGAAGUUAGUGCUGCAGCUGCUGAUCUUCUGUCUUCAGGCCUUUUUCAGGCAGAUGUGAUCUGUGAUGACAAACCAGAACCAGAGAAACCCACAGAUAAAAGCAAAAGAAAGACAACAAGCAGCAAGAGGAAACCUGCUAACGCAACCCCUGUUUUGCUGGAGGAUCUGGACUUUGCCGCAGCUCUCGGUGCCUCAGGUUCAGACGUCAUCCCACAGAAGAAGAAGAAAACCGCUUCCAAAAAGGCUUCUUCCACUUCCAGUGUUGAAUCCUCUGUCCCUGAAAAUGCAGACGAGCUGUCGGCCAGAACGACUCUCAUCAUCUGCCCACUGUCUGUGCUCAGCAACUGGCUGGACCAAUUCGAGCAGCAUGUGCGUUCCAAUGUAAAGCUUAACGUCUAUCUGUAUUAUGGAGCAGAACGCAACAGGUCCCAGAAGUUCCUGUCCGCCCAGGAUGUGGUGAUCACUACCUACAAUGUUGUGUCUGCGGACCAUGGGGCCAAUAGUCCUCUUCACAAGAUCAACUGGCUGAGAGUGGUCUUAGAUGAAGGACAUGUGGUCAGAAACCCAAACGCUCAGAUGAGUAAAGCUGUGCUGGGUCUGAAGGCCAGUCGACGCUGGAUUUUAUCAGGUACUCCGAUCCAGAACCAUGUGAAGGACCUGUGGAUGCUGCUGGCCUUCCUGCGCGUGAAGCCCUUCGACGUGAGAGAGUGGUGGAACAGAGUGAUCCAGAGACCGGUCACUCAGGGCGUCAGGAGCGGUCUGCAAAACCUCCAGACUCUGGUGAAGUGCAUCACCCUCAGACGCACCAAGAGCAGUAAGGUGAACGGGCGCCAUCUCGUGUCACUUCCCGAGAAGUGCGUAUUUGUGGAGCAGGUGGAGCUGAGCCAGCAGGAGAAAGAGGAGUACGAACUGGCACGGAAUGAAGGAAGAGACGUCAUCCGCAGAUACGUGGCAGAGGGAACAGUGAUGUCUAACUACGCUGAUGUUUUGUCCAUUCUCAUGAGGCUGAGACAACACUGCUGCCACCCUGACAUGGGCAAGGCUUUGACUCAUUCAGAUAAAGAUGAGGCAGCGACACCAUCGGAGCUGCGGGAGCGUCUGAUAAAGAAGCUGCGGUUGGUGUUGGCCAGCGGCUCUGACGAGGAGUGCGCGGUGUGUCUGGACUCUGUCUGUCUCCCUGUCAUCACUCACUGCGCUCACGUUUACUGUCGGCCCUGCAUCACACAAGUCAUCAGCACUGGGAAGGACAACGCCCGCUGUCCGCUCUGUCGAAGUGAGAUCAAAACCAGUGAGCUGGUGGAGUUUCCACCAGAGGAAACAGAAGGAGACGAUGGUACGAGCUCCUGUCAGUGGAGGACCAGCUCAAAGGUACAGGCACUGCUGGGAAACCUGCUCAGGCUCAGACAUGAGGACGGCAGCAUCAAGUGUUUGGUCGUCUCUCAGUUCACACGUUUCUUGACCAUACUGCAGUCUCCCCUCAGAGAGCACGGUUUCAGCUUUGUGCGUCUGGACGGAACCAUGAGUCAGAAAAAACGAGCUCAGGUGAUCAAAGACUUUCAGAGUGCCGACGCCGACAGUCCUACAAUCAUGCUGCUGUCACUCAAAGCUGGAGGGGUGGGGCUUAACUUGACCGCAGCCUCUCACGUGUUCCUCAUGGAUCCUGCAUGGAACCCAGCUACUGAGGAGCAGUGUAUUGACCGCUGCCAUCGUCUGGGGCAGAACAGAAAAGUCGUGGUCACCAAGUUCAUUGUGAAAAACUCCGUGGAGGAAAACAUGGUGAAGAUCCAGAAGAAGAAGCAGGACCUGGUGGAGAAAACGUUUGGCUCCACAGACACAGACAAGUCAAGAUCUUAUAUAGAGGACGUCAAAGCUCUGUUAGAGCUGUAGAUGUUCUACUGCACACUGUAUCUGAAUCAUCACCAUCACCACAGAUGACCUCAGGUCACUCUUCUAUCUUUUAUUAUGGUAACCUUUUUAACCCAGUUCAUUUUCUGUAUUCCUGUCAGCAGCAGUGUUCCUGUGACGUGGCACUGGAUUUGUAAAGAGAAUGUCUAUGUUGUUGACAAUAUAAGAUUUCUAAAAACUG